UUUUUUUUGUCUGAUCGGGGGAGUUCGAGACUACAGAUGGUUUGCCUGUUUGGGGCAGCAAGUUCUGAAUAUUACUCAGUUUUCCUUCUGUGAAAUGGGUGCCCACAACAAAUUUUUCCAAUGUACCUUCCAGGUUCCCAAAAGUUGGGGACCACUAGAUUACCCCAGUAUCAAACAACAACGCUUUGAAAAAGAAUUGUUGUGGAUCAACUUGACUUCCAUUUACUUCUGAGACUUAGUACCCUUAACCCUACUGGAUCCGUAUCAAUCAAAAUGGAAAACUACAUUAUAUGAAAAGCUGGGGUUUUCGCCACAGGCACUGAUAGCCACAGGAUAUGAGAAAGCCAGAGCAACCAUUUGCCAAUGAAUCUGGGACAUGGAAUUUCAGAGUCAUACUAUCCUUGGAGAAACUGAGGAAGAAGAUGACGAGAUUCUCCCACGUAAGGACUAUGAGAGUUUGGACUAUGAUCGUAGCAUCAACGAACCCUACUUGGAAGUUCUGGAAAGCCUUGACAGCAAGAAAGGCUGGCGAUAUGAAGCGGUGAAGUGGAUGGUGGUUUUUGCCAUUGGAGUCUGCACUGGGAUGGUUGGUCUCUUUGUGGACUUCUUUGUACGACUCUUCUCCAGACUCAAGUUCCACAUCGUGCAGAAUUCGGUGGAGGAGUGCAGCGAGAAAGGCUGCCUUGCGGUGUCCCUGCUGGAGCUCCUUGGCUUUAACCUGACCUUCAUCUUCCUGGCCAGCCUCCUCGUCUUGAUCCAGCCUGUGGCUGCCGGUUCUGGGAUUCCGGAGAUCAAAUGCUACUUGAACGGAGUGAAGGUCCCUGGGAUAGUUCGCCUCCGGACUCUGGUGUGCAAAGCUCUUGGGGUGCUCUUCAGCGUCGCUGGAGGUCUCUUUGUAGGGAAGGAAGGUCCCAUGAUCCACAGUGGUGCUGUGGUAGGAGCCGGACUGCCUCAGUUCCAGAGCAUCUCUUUGAGGAAGAUCCAGUUCAACUUUCCCUAUUUCCGCAGCGAUAGGGACAAGAGGGAUUUUGUGUCUGCUGGAGCUGCUGCUGGUGUGGCCGCAGCUUUUGGGGCCCCAAUUGGUGGCACGCUCUUCAGCCUCGAAGAGGGCUCGUCCUUCUGGAACCAGGGCCUGACGUGGAAAGUGCUCUUUUGUUCUAUGUCUGCCACCUUCACUCUGAACUUCUUCCGCUCCGGGAUCCAGUUUGGAAGUUGGGGUUCCUUCCAGCUCCCAGGAUUGCUGAAUUUUGGGGAGUUCAAGUGCCCAGAAUCUGACAAAAAAUGCCACCUGUGGACGGCCGUGGACUUGGGCUUCUUCAUCCUGAUGGGGAUCUUGGGCGGCCUCUUGGGGGCUACCUUCAACUGCAUCAACAAGAGGCUUGCAAAGUACCGCAUGCGGAACGUCCACCCCAAGCCCAAGCUGGUCAGAGUCUUGGAGAGCCUGCUGGUGUGUCUAACGACCACCCUUGUGGUGUUUGUCGCUUCCAUGGUUCUAGGGGAAUGCCGGCCGCUUUCUUCCACCAACCACGGGGGCAACAGCUCUCUCGGCCUGCAGGAUUCUUCAUCUGAUGAAGUGAAUUCCAGCAUUAAGACAUUCUUCUGCCCAAACGACACUUACAACGACAUGGCAACCCUUUUCUUUAACCCUCAGGAGUCUGCCAUCCUGCAGCUUUUCCACCAGGAGGGUACCUUCAGCCCAGUCACCCUCUCCCUGUUCUUCCUCCUCUAUUUCCUCCUUUCCUGCUGGACUUACGGGAUUUCUGUGCCCAGCGGCCUCUUUGUCCCGUCGCUGCUUUGCGGGGCUGCCUUCGGACGCCUGGUGGCCAACCUCCUCAAAAGUUACAUCGGCCUGGACCACAUCUACUCGGGGACCUUUGCCCUGAUCGGGGCAGCUUCCUUCCUGGGAGGCGUGGUGCGCAUGACAAUCAGCCUCACCGUCAUCCUGAUCGAGUCCACGAACGAGAUCACUUACGGGCUCCCCAUCAUGAUCACGCUUAUGGUAGCCAAAUGGACUGGAGACCUCUUCAACAAGGGUAUCUAUGACAUCUACGUCAACUUGCGAGGGGUGCCGCUUCUUGAGUGGGAAACCAAGGCAGAAAUGGACAAGCUGAGAGCCAGCGACAUCAUGGAGCCCAACCUGAUGUACGUUUACCCCCACACCCGGAUCCAGUCCCUCGUCAGCAUCUUGCGCACGACGGUUCACCACGCCUUCCCGGUGGUGACUGAAAACCGGGCGUACGAGAGGGAGUUCAUGAAGUGGGACCAGCUGAUCAGCAACAACAUAAAGUUCAAGAAAUCCAGCAUCCUCACCCGGGCCGGCGAGCAGCGUAAACGCAGCCAGUCCAUGAAGUCCUACCCAUCCAGCGAGCUUCGCAACGUCUGCGACGACCACAUCGCGACGGAGGAACCUCCGGAGACAGAGGACAUGUUGCAGCAGAUGCUGGAGCGCAGGUACACCCCAUAUCCUAACCUUUACCCGGACCAAUCGCCCAGCGAAGAGUGGACCAUGGAGGAGCGAUUCCGGCCCCUGACCUUCCACGGGCUCAUCCUGCGCUCGCAGCUGGUCACCUUGCUGGUGCGAGGAGUCUGUUACGCAGAGAAUCAGUCGAGCACCAGCCAGCCUCGCCUUUCGUACGGCGAGAUGGCGGAAGAUUACCCUCGCUAUCCCGACAUCCACGACCUGGACCUCACGCUUCUGAACCCCAGGAUGAUUGUGGACAUCACGCCUUACAUGAAUCCCUCCCCUUUCACGGUUUCGCCGAAUACUCACGUCUCGCAAGUCUUCAACCUCUUCCGGACGAUGGGGCUCAGGCAUUUGCCCGUGGUGAAUGCUGUUGGGGAGAUCGUUGGCAUCAUCACGCGCCACAACCUGACCCACGAAUUCCUGCAGGCCAGGCUACGACAGCACUACCGGACCAUCUGACCCCUCCCCUCCCGCCUCCCAAGCCGCCGCUUCGGAUCCCGCGUGGCCCCCGGGUCACCUUCGUGCACUUUAAAGGCAACAAAAGCGGACUGGCUGGGGCUGGAAGACUCUGGGAGUUGUGGUCUGAAUGCUCGCCGGCUAAUCUUAGGGGCUUGCUCACUUGCUGCCCCGAUGGGCUUCCGAUUGGCAUCGUCCCGACAUUUCACCGCCCCGCCGGCACGAUUCAUAUCUAUGCCAUAUUCCAGAUGGAAGGAGCACCUGUCCUUUUCUCCUCUCCUUGCCUUAUCCUAAAACGAGGUGUUCACCAUCUCAAAAGACUCAGAUGACCAAUGCAGCACUUAGCCGCUAUAUCUCAAGCUUGGGCCAGCAAUUUCCUCCUAUUUCGCAUUCGUAGUUUCAGUAAGGCUAAGAAGAAGAGACACUUUUUCCCCCCUCUUUUUUUUUACUGGAGACUCUGGAAUUCCUUGCGUAGAAUUUUCAUUUUCAUUCCACUUAACUGCACUUUUGAGUUGUUUUUCUCUCGGCUAGAGGCUGGGAUCCUUGAUGUCUGAGGGUGGGGGAAAGUCUCCACUUGAGUGAAUCAAACCCUUGAUCCUUAAUUAUCUUUUUUUGGGGGGGGGGGAGGUUAUAGGUGCAUAUGGAAGGGAACGAACAAUCGUGCCACUAAAAGUAAGUGUAUGUUGGGGUGUGUUUGUGUGUGUUAGUGAAAGGCAGCGUUUGCCUCUGUGAGGAAAGCCGCAUGGGUCAGUUUUGCAAGGGUUUGGCAGCUGGAGUGCCAUGGGUUUGUUUGCACCUACAACCCUCCAGGCAUUGCUGGAAUACGACUCCCUUCACCUCUGACCACUACUGGCUGCUGGGAAUUGUAGUCCAGCCCCUGAAGGGAGUCACAGAUUCACCAACCCUGCCUUGAAGUCCCAAGAUGGAGCAGGUGUGUGCAUACAGAACAGAUUUGGGUCUCCUAGCUCUCUAAAGGCUUAAUUUUUU